GCCCAGGCACACACUAAACCAUGUCACAGUCAGAUGAAGAUCUGCCCACAAGAUGGGAGAUUGAGCUUGAAUUCGUACAGUCUCUCGCAAACACUCAAUACCUUACAUAUCUUGCACAAUUGGGCUACUUCAAAGAUGAAUCAUUCCUCAAUUACCUAAAUUAUCUCAAUUAUUGGAAGCAGCCCUCUUUUGCGAAAUUUCUCGUCUACCCAGACUGUUUACACAUUCUCACGCUACUACAGAACGAACAGUUCAGAAACGAAAUAUUAAAUCCCAACUUCACAAACGUCCUGUACAACGAUAUGGCGGAAUAUUGGAAGGAGCCCUUAUUCAGAGACGAAAAGGAACGUGAGCGUGAAAGGGAAGAAAAAGAGAGAAGAUCAAAACUUCCCACGGCUUCGCCGUCCUCUCCCUCCUCUCCUUCUCUUGUCAACACAGCAAUUCCAUCGGCUUCUCCCGACUCUAAAUCAUCUGUUCCUCCGCCUGCUAUCACACCAGCUUCUGUUGCGGCAAUACCCGCAACAACGACGACUCAACUUCCAAAUCCCUAGCUGUGGAUCUCAUCCCCACCGCAUUUCAGUAACUUUAUAGAGUUUUUCUUUUCAUAAACAUUACAUAUAUUUGUAAAUAAAUAUAUGAUAAAAUAAUACACAUUUCCUAUAACACAUU